AUGGCUCAGAGGGACCAUUGCAGAGAGCUACUUGUCUUUUGGUGCUUUGGAGGUUACAAGAUCACAGCUAUGAUUGCUAACAUCCAUAUCGUUGGUUCCAUAUCAAGCUUUAUCCCAUCAUCUGGUUCUUCUCGUUAUCGGCAAUUCUGUGGGCAUCCUGAAAUGAAGGUCUCUUAUCGAUUGAUCACAUUAGCAACAAGGAACAACUUGUAUAUCUUUGAUAUCAGCAAGCUUUCUAUCUCUUGGUGGUUCUGGUUAUUGGCGAUUCCUUUGAUGGAUCUCUACAACUAUACGUGUCUUAUGGAUGGAUCAUGUCAUCAACAAGCGAUGAGAGUCUACGUUGACAUCUUUGGUGUUACCAAGGUCAUUUAUGCAUCUCCUCAAGGCAUUCAUCGUCAAGCUGCAUUCGAUUUCCAAUGA